AUGACCAGAAUAAAAAAAUUGAACAAGCACGCUUCAGCUACCUUCAGUAGCUACUUAUCAGCAUGGCCUGAUCUUCUCUUUUUGGUUUUGGACAAGUUGUUGGAACCCAUCGACCAUGUCCGUUGUGCUGCCGUCUGCAAGCAAUGGCAAUCUCUUGGAAAAGAAUAUAAUCUUGCGACGCAGCGAUGGAGCAGGGUAGCUCCUAUGCUCAUGAUUUCCGGCAGAUCAUCUACAUCGAUGUUCAGUGUUUCCGAAGGAAAAAGCUACAUUAAAAAUGUUCAGCUUCCGAACAAACAUAACAGGAUUUGUGGCUCUAGCCAUGGUUGGUUGGCCAUAGUAGACAAAACUAGUCAGGACAUAACUCUUGUGAACCCCUUUGCACAAGCAAUGGUGCCCAUUAAUCUCCCUCAUUUUAAGGAGAACGUCUCAAAGGUCAUCCUUUCUGCCGAUCCUGCUUUGAAUCCAACAAGUUAUAUGGUUGUAGCAAUCUACAAUUCGACAAAGUUAGCUGUUCUUAGAGGAGGAGAGGAAGAUUGGAAUUGCAUCAGACUACCAGACAAACUAUUUGACAGUCUUACUGAUGUUAUAAUUUAUAAAGGCCAGAUCUACGCAGUAUCAGUUUGUGGAAAGAUUGUGUCAAUCAAUGUUAACAACUGUGUUAUCAACUCUUCACAUUCUCAAGAAUCACUGGAUGUUCGGGUGUUCAUGACUCGCAGUAGGAAAUUUAGAUUUAGGGAAUGUGAUGAGGCCUAUCUCGUGGAAUCAACCAAGGGACACCUAUGGCACGUACAAAGACGUAACAUAGGAGAAACACAAUUUGAUGGCAGUAUACUUUUCGAAGAUGGAUUUAGGGUAGACGAGGUUGAGUUCAGCGAUACAGAUGGUUGCAUGGUAAAGCAUGUUGAGGUAGAAAGCAUAGGAGAUGAGGCUUUGUUCCUUGGCAAAAAUUAUUCAGUAUCUGUUUCGGCUUCAAAGCUUCCAUGGUGCCUGCCAAAUUCCAUAUACUUCACUGGAGAUUUGGAAUCUGUUAUGACAAUUUACGAUGUAGAUCAGUUGGGAACUGCUUGUGCAGCUUGCGAUCCAAAUUAUGGCCAAAAGCCACCCGGACUCUGGAUUACGCCACCAUUUAAGGGCCUCUGCUAA